CUCCUUCUUGGUGCCCUCACAGCGGCAGCCGGUCCUCCCUCAGCUCUGCCCGCCUUCUCUCCUGCUGCUGGCCAAGCCCAUUAAGUUGCUACCUUGGCCACAACUGAAGGCCCCACGCCCUGGGGAGAAAACCACUGAAGAGGCGUCCCUGCUCCCCAGCACCCCAAACCAUCAAUUAAUAUUAACGAGCGAAGGCUCCUCGCUGCCUAAAGACCCCCACUGGGGCUCCAGUGGAGGAGAGGCCCCGCCUCGUGACUCAGGAGGUUAAAGGGCCUGGUGCCAGCUUCUGAGACCAGUGUCCGGAUGGCGUGCAGCAGUGGGAGGGUCACCAUCCAGCUCGUGGACGAGGAGGCUGGGGUCGGAGCUGGGGGCCUGCAGCUCUUUCGGGGCCAGAGCUAUGAGGCAAUCCGGGCAGCCUGUCUGGAUUCGGGGAUCCUGUUCCGUGACCCUUACUUCCCUGCUGGCCCUGAUGCCCUUGGCUAUGACCAGCUGGGGCCUGACUCGGAGAAGGCCAAAGACGUGAAAUGGAUGAGGCCCCAUGUAAAGUGUGGCUGGGGUAACUGCUGGUUCCUUGCGGCCGCCGCCUCCCUUACUCUGUAUCCCCGGCUCCUGCGCCGGGUGGUCCCUCCUGGACAGGAUUUCCAGCAUGGCUACGCAGGUGUCUUCCACUUCCAGCUCUGGCAGUUCGGCCGCUGGGUGGACGUCGUGGUGGAUGACAGGCUGCCUGUGCGCGAGGGGAAGCUGAUGUUCGUGCGCUCGGAACAGCGGAACGAGUUCUGGGCCCCACUCCUGGAGAAGGCCUAUGCCAAGCUCCACGGCUCUUACGAGGUGAUGCGGGGCGGCCACAUGAAUGAGGCUUUUGUGGACUUCACAGGCGGCGUGGGUGAGGUGCUCUAUCUGAGACAAAACAGCAUGGGGCUCUUCUCUGCCCUGCGCCAUGCCCUGGCCAAGGAGUCCCUCGUGGGCGCCACUGCCCUGAGUGAUCGGGGCGAGUACCGCACAGAAGAAGGCCUGGUGAAGGGACACGCGUAUUCCGUCACGGGCACCCACAAGGUGUUCCUGGGCUUCACCAAGGUGCGGCUGCUACGGCUGCGGAACCCAUGGGGCCGCGUGGAGUGGACCGGGGCCUGGAGCGACAGCUGCCCACGCUGGGACGCACUCCCCACCGAGUGCCGCGAUGCCCUGCUGGUGAAAAAGGAGGAUGGCGAGUUCUGGAUGGAGCUGCGGGACUUCCUCCUUCACUUCGACACGGUGCAGAUCUGCUCGCUGAGCCCGGAGGUGCUGGGCCCCAGCCCGGAGUGGGGCGGCUGGCACGUCCACACCUUCCAAGGCCGCUGGGUGCGCGGCUUCAACUCCGGCGGGAGCCAGCCGAGUGCUGAAACCUUCUGGACCAAUCCUCAGUUCCGUUUAACGCUGCUGGAACCCGACGAGGAGGAAGACGAGGAUGAGGAAGGGCCCUGGGGGGGUUGGGGGGCUUCAGGGGCGUGGGGCCCAGCGCGGGGGGGCCGCACGCCCAAGUGCACGGUCCUUCUGUCCCUCACCCAGCGCAACCGACGGCGCCUGAGAGCCAAGGGCCUCACUUACCUCACCGUGGGCUUCCACGUGUUCCAGGUGGUGCCGAGCACCGCCCACGCCGGCGACGAGGCCGACUUCACUCUGCGUGUCUUCUCCGAGCGCCGCCACACGGCCGUGGAGAUCGACGACGUGAUCAGCGCAGACCUGCAGGCUCUCCAGGGCCCCUACCUGCCCCUGGAGCUGGAUUUGGAGCAGCUGUUUAAGGAGCUGGCUGGAGAGGAGGAAGAACUCAGUGCCUCUCAGCUGCAGACCUUACUAAGCAUUGCCCUGGAGCCUGCCAGGGUCCACACCCGCACCCCCAGAGAGAUCGGGCUCAGGACCUGUGAGCAGCUGCUGCAGUGUUUCGGGCAUGGGCAAAGCCUGGCCUUACACCACUUCCAGCAGCUCUGGGGCCACCUCCUGGAGUGGCAGGCCAUAUUCCACAAGUUCGAUGAGGAUGCCUCUGGAACCAUGAACUCCUUCGAGCUGAGGCUGGCGCUGAAUGCGGCAGGCUUCCACCUGAACAACCAGCUGACCCAGGCCCUCACCAGCCGCUACCGGGAUAGCCGUCUGCGUGUGGACUUCGAGCGGUUCGUGUCCUGUGUGGCCCAGCUCACCUGCAUCUUCUGCCACUGCAGCCAGCACCUGGAUGGGGGUGAGGGGGUCAUCUGCCUGACCCACAGACAGUGGAUGGAGGCGGCCACCUUCUCCUAGGAUCUCAGGACGGGUGCACCUGCUGCUUGGGGCAGGGUUGCUGCGCAAGACCACCUCCCUAGCCCCUGCCUGGCACGGGUGCUGCUCUCUCUGGCAUCCACCCACCUGGAGCUGAUCUCUGGCCCCCACCACUCAUGGCUGGGUGACCACUCUGGCCUGUGUGCUGCUCAGAAACAAGGACAGUGACAGCCCCUCUUGAGUAGAUGACACGAGCUAGUCCACGUUGACAGCUUAGGACGGUGCUAGCUCUGCCCUGGCUCUCCUAGGAGUGGAGGACAGCCACGAGAGAGAAAAAAGAUGACACUGCAGGAAUCCUUCUUAAAAAUAUUACAUGUUUUAUUAUCCUGUCCCCAGAGGGUGGUUUAUCCAGAAACCGAGAAAAAAAAUCAAUCAGAAUAAACUCAAAAAAAAAAAAAAAAGGGUAGGGGAGCAAAACCAUCAACCACCAGGCAGCCAGGCCAGCAGCCCACCUCCACCUCUGGAGGGUCCUCAGAGACCCCCGCCCGACGCAGAGCCGGAGGAGCGUCAGCGAGGGCCCGGAAGAGAAUCGGCUAUGUCUUCAUGACAAGAGCAGGAGAGACGGCAGAGAUAUGUUGCUAGGUGAAUAUAUAUUUAUAUAAUAAAUCCGUAAGUUAAUAAAGUAAAUAGUAAUCCUCUGAAA